AUGGCCGCCCUCGUGCUCGCCGGCAUGACGAGCUCUGGAAGCCUCGUGGCGCAUGGCCUCCUCGAUCGCUCGGUUUUCGCUGUGCGGCGCCUGACCGCCCUCGACUACUCGCCGCUGGUUAGCCUUGGCGGGCUCCGGCCAGGGCGAGAUGUUGAGAUCAAGCGUGUCGGGGCCUGGCGUGGCAGCGGUGCCUUCGCACGGCGGCGGCUGCGCCGCGGAGAGCUUGUGGGAUGGUACACGGGAGACCUGCUCCCGACGGAGGAGUUUGUGCAGCGCAGAGCGGCGGGCGACACGAGCGGCGACUACGCCAUCGCGCUGUGCGAGAGCCACAUUACAGACGCCGAGGACGCAUCGCGCUCUUCGUGGCUUCGCUACAUCAAUCACUCCUGGAGGCGCGCGAAUACCGCUUCCUUCUACGUGCCUCCGCGCAGUGGGCUCUCACCGGAACACGGCGCGACCAUGUUCUGCACCAGCCGCGAGGUGAAGCCGGGCGAGGAGCUCCUGGUCGACUACGGGCGCGACUACUGGCUCGCUCGCUUCCCGCUGGGACCUCUGGACCCGAGGUGGUGGCGAGUAGAGUGUAGUUGA